UGCCUUUGCUACCCGUGCGACUGUACAUAGCACCGCAAGCAUCAUAUUUAACGUAUAUACGCAGCUACAUCCGGGAGUCUUUAACGAAUCUUGGGAGGUGCAUUCUUGCAGCGCCUUUUUAGAGUUCUAGACAGCCUCAAUUGCGCCAGAUCCUUCCUCGAGCCCGGACCCAUAUUAAGCUUAGCCGCGUCGCAUCAUCUACAGCUUCCUCGGUUCUAAGUUCUUAGCUUCUAAGCUUCUUCCUCGCCUUCACGUAUAAUUAUCGCAUGCGCAGUGGCGCCUUUGUCCCCGAUCCCCUUUCACGAUGAACGCUAUCUGCACAUCCGCAGCCCGAUCUAUUCGGCCGUCUGCCUUCUCUAGAUCGGCGAGGCCACUGCUCAGAUCGUCGCCUAUCGCGGUAAGACCUGCAGUGCCAGUGGCGCUCUUUCACCAAACUGGUUACAAUAUGGCUGCGCAAAAGAUCAAGGUCAAGAAUCCUGUCGUGGAACUCGACGGCGAUGAGAUGACGAGAGUCAUCUGGCAGGUCAUUAAGGACAAGUUCAUCUUCCCCUAUCUCGACAUCGACCUAAAGUACUACGACCUGGGAUUGCCGUACCGAGAUGAGACCAACGAUCAAGUCACGCUUGAUGCUGCCGAGGCCAUUAAGAAGUACUCGGUCGGUGUCAAAUGCGCUACCAUCACUCCGGACGAGGCCCGUGUGAAGGAGUUCAACCUAAAGCAGAUGUGGCUCUCCCCCAACGGCACGAUCCGUAACGCUCUUGGCGGCACCGUCUUCCGCGAGCCCAUCGUCAUCCCCCGUAUCCCGCGAUUGGUACCGGGAUGGAAGAAGCCCAUCAUUAUCGGUCGUCACGCCUUCGGCGACCAAUACCGGGCGAAGGACAAGGUUAUCCCUGGACCCGGAAAGUUGAGCAUGGUAUAUACCCCUGAGGGCGGCAAACCCGAAGAGAUCGAGGUCUUCCAAUUCAAGGAAGGUGGCGGCGUCGCACAGACCCAAUACAACACCACCGAGAGCAUCACCGGUUUCGCGCAUGCCAGUUUCAAGCUAGCCCUAGACAAGGAGCUUCCCCUAUACAUGAGCACCAAGAACACCAUCCUCAAGAAGUACGAUGGCAGGUUCAAGGACAUCUUCCAGGAGCUAUACGACAGCCAGUACAAGAAGCAAUUCGAGGCCAAGAAGAUCUGGUACGAGCACCGCCUGAUCGACGACAUGGUAGCCCAGAUGAUCAAGAGCUCCGGCGGAUAUAUCAUGGCGCUAAAGAACUACGACGGCGACGUGCAGUCCGACAUCGUAGCGCAAGGGUUCGGGUCGCUCGGGCUGAUGACGUCGGUGCUGAUCACGCCGGACGGCAAGACGUUCGAGUCGGAGGCGGCGCACGGCACGGUGACGCGGCACUUCCGCGAGCACCAGAAGGGGCGCGAGACGUCGACGAACCCGAUCGCCAGCAUCUUCGCCUGGACGCGCGGCCUCGCCCAGCGCGGCAAGCUCGACGGCACCCCCGAGCUGGCCGCCUUCGCCGACAGCCUCGAGCAGGCCUGCGUCGACACCGUCGAGCUCGACGGCGUCAUGACCAAGGACCUCGCCCUCGCCUGCGGCAAGACCGACCGCGCCGACUACGCUACCACCAACGAGUACCUCGACGCCGUCGAGAAGAGGUUGAAGGGCGUGCUCAAGGAGAAGCUAUAGAUGAGGUCCGUGUAUCUGAGGCUAGACUAGACGUAGAUCAACAUCUCUAGAUCUAAGACUUGCGUAAAAACUAGAUACAUGCAUACAAUAACAGCACGUAUGGUUGGUCAGCGCCAAAGGGUACACGCUACCAACUAACUACUGUUUUCAGGACUCGAUCCUGUCAGGGGCCUGUCUUCACGGGGAUACGAACGGAUGGAUGGGACGCGACACGAUUCUGCAUACCGUGUUCCUAGAUAACUCAAGCUUAGGGGUAUCUAGGACUUUGUAAAUAGAUAGCAAGCAUGCUUGCAUUUCCCGCGCGGAAAUAUUGUAUAGGUAAAAAUAUCUGAACGGAGGUCCAAAACUUUUCUCACGGCUGUAUACUUUUCGACAGACAUCUAUACGUCAUGCCAGAUCAAUCAUCAAGCCAAUUCGAAG